AUGUCGUAUCCAUAUAAUACAGAAUUUUUUGUUCGUUACCCAAAAUUUAAAGAGAGAGAUGAAAAAGAUAGAACUACCGAUCCUAGAAUAGAACUAGAAAAAAAAUGCGAAGUAAAAUGUGUACGUCCAGUGAAUGAAUAUAAAAAUUGCGUAACCAGAGUGAAGGCUAGAACUGACAAUAAAGGAAAUUGCCUAGGCCAGUAUGAAGAGUUAUAUAUUUGUAUUGACCAUUGUGUGGCGAAGGAUCUGUUUAAUUACUUAGUCUAG